UUGCAAUACCAAACGAGGUGGGGGUAUCGGAGUAGUAGCAGUGUCCAGCAGAACAAGAAAAGGAAAAGAGGGCAAAUCAAAUCAAAUAAAAUCAAAAUGGAUAAAAUGAGCCAGGCCAUGGAGAAGGUGAGGAUGCUCGUCGGAAUCGAAGUCGAAGAUGAUCAACGACGUGUCGACGAAGAAUCUUCUUUUGCGUUCAUGGAUGACUUCAAUCGUAACUGUACUUUGUCCACCAAACAGAGACUUUACGGUUUUGCCAUAUGCUUGGUUGCUGGUUUGACCUGUACACUUAUGUCAAUGCUAGUCUUCUUCAAUCCAAUCAAGUUUGGCAUAGCAUUCACCUUUGGAAAUUUGCUUUCACUUGGAAGCACAGGAUUCUUGAUAGGCCCUAAGCGGCAAGUGAAUAUGAUGCUUGAUCCUGUUCGAAUUUAUGCAACUGCAUUAUAUAUUGCAAGCAUUUUACUUGCUUUGUUAUGUGCUCUCUAUGUUCAUAACAAGCUAUUGACACUGCUGGCCAUCAUCUUAGAGUUUGGGGCUCUCAUUUGGUAUAGCAUGAGCUAUAUUCCUUUCGCUCGGGCUAUGGUCUCGAAAAUCAUGGUAGCUUGCUUCGACACUGAAUUUUAAGUCGACUUCAGUCUUGUUUGUUGCAUGUACAUGAGAGUAUAUGGUUUAGAGAUUUCUACAAGUCCAAGACUCUACCUGUGUGUGAGUUCGUUUGAUUUUUAGACUGUUAACUAAUUGGACACUGUAACCAAUUUGCUCUUCAUCGAAGAACAUCAUGUUGUUGUCUUCAUCGAUUGUGGUGUGCAUAUUCCAUAGCAGGCAGGCACGAAUGGAUGGAAAAAGAAACCGAAACCUGCGAGCAUCAAUACAAGCGUAUAAUUGGUAGC